AUGGUGUCUAAAAGCGCGAUUCUACUGCUUUUCCACCUCCUAGAGGGGGCCAGUGCAGAAUGGACAACAACUAUCAAAGCCAACCUCACAGUGGCGAACGGGUUUACUCCCGUUAUCGACUUCACAACGGCACAUCCGCCGGCUGCAUCGAGCCCGAGUCUCUCAUCGACUCCUCUGAGCAGUUUUAGUAGAAGCCAGGCUCACCGGGAGCAGUUUACUACAACUGUCACAGUCCCUGACGGCAUGAUGCCAGUUAUUCACUACAGCGCUAUUCUUUCAACUCAUAGUGCCUCUUCCAACGCUAUCCCAUCCCCUGACACAGCUUCUCCAGGAAGCACCCAACCUGCUAGUAAACCUUCUGCGGGCUCGACGCCUGGAAUUCGGCCCACCUCUUCCUCUACUCCUCUUAUAACUCCGGGAAGACCGAGUUCAUCAAAUCCAUCAUCCUCUCCCGUUAAAUCACCAAGAUCCUCCGCCCCCGGUCAAUCGGGUACAUCGGGCUCUAGCAGUGGUCACUCUCAUUUGUCAACUAACAACCCUACUUUACCGAGCCAGAGCGGCUCUGCCUCAAAGGUACCAACAACCAGACCUGCUUCAUCACCUACAUCUUCCGGGUCAUCUUCGUCUCUACGGAGUGGCUCGCCCAGCACGGGUUCUCAGACAACUAGUGGCUCUUUGACUACUGCACCACCUUCAUCUGGACAAAGUCUAUCCACACCCAAAGCACCCUCGACUCCAGCUUCAUCAUCAGCCGGUGGUUCGAGCCCAUCCCCGGGGUCUUCUCUUCAACCGUCGGCGGCUGAUCUUUCUUCUGCCCCCGAUAUCGUCUCACUUAUACCAACCGGUAGCAGCUCUGCUACGGAAUCUGCAAUUCUUGAGUUUGGACCCACAGCUCCUCCAUCAUCGGAGCCCUGGGGUACUCUAACUUCUGUUCCGUCGAGUGCCACUACCGGCACAGCAGCAAUUUCAGAGGCCACAGACAUUGCAAUUUUUUUGAGAGGACUCUAUAACAAUAUUGAUCAACUCAAGACGGACCCCGAGAACUAUAAAAAGAAGCUCGAAGAUGUUGAGGAUAAGUCUCAGGAUUACCUCUCUAAGAUUGGAUACCCCUCGACCAAGUCCCCUUGCUCGGGCUCCGGUUCUCUGAGAAAGAGAUCUCUUUUUGGUGCUAUUGGAAACCUUGCCUCUAGUGCAGCCAACGUUGCUAAAGGUGCAGUAGAUACUGCCAAGGACAUUGCAGAAGAUGCACUCAGCUGUAUCAAGCCAAUUGCCGAUAGCAUGCUCAAGACGAUCCCCGAUGAUGUAUCUAAGUUGACGGACGACAUUGAGAACACUAUUAAAAAGGGUUCUGACUACCUGGUUGAGAUCAGUAACAUUGUGACCGACAUGGAGAACAAGAUCAAGGAUGAUGAGGACAAUAACUCAUCAUCGGAAUCAGAAUCCUCGACAUCAUCUUCUACUUGCACGUCAAGCACAACUUUCUCAGACUGCACGACGACCACAGUUCUGCUUUCAACUUUCACUACUGGAGGAGAUGGAUCGACUACACCAUCAACUAGCACGUCUAGUACAGUCACUUGUACUACCGAGACUGCCUGCAAUGCUUCCCCAACCUCAAUGACCGUCACAACUACUGAAUACGGAUCCUGUCAACUCAGAAAAACAACCAGAAUCGUACCUAGUAAGACGAAGGCGCCUUUGUCGGUUCCCUCCCGCCAGCUCAGCAACAACCGAAUCAAGCGUUUCGCAAAGCUCUCAGUCCCCGUCCUCGUCUCCCGGUGCAAACAACUCUUCGAAUAUACCCUCCCCCUCAAACUCAAACUCAUCUCCCUCCCCCUCAAACUCAAACUCAUCUCCCUCGAACUCAUCUCCCUCAAACUCAUCUCCCUCAAACUCAUCUCCCUCAAACUCAUCUCCCUCAAACUCAUCUCCCUCAAACUCACCUCCCUCAAACUCAUCUCCCUCAAACUCAUCUUCCUCAAACUCAUCUCCACGACCACUCCCAGCCCAACGAUUACUCCUAGCCCAACGACACAACCAGCGGUCAGCUACUAUAUGUGUUUGAAUAAAGGCGGCCCGGACGUCACCAGCCCUCAUUGCCAAUGCUCAACAUACACAGAGGGGCAAACAUAUUGGGCCACAGCCUCCCUUAUCUCCGGGGGGUGCUGGCAAUACACAAGCUUUCCAUCUAAGAUCACGCUGACGCCAACCUUCACUCCCACAACGCCAACACCAACACCCGUUCCUUUUGUCACCACCUCAGCGAACGGCGAAAUAAUCUCUUACCCGUCCCAAAUAUUUACCGAUUUUGCUACUCAGGGCGCGGGCACACCCGUGACAUUGCAGACUCCCUCACCAAGCCAGACAAGCAGUAAUGACAAAGGUUCAGCCCAAUGCCAUAGUGUCGACGAUGCCUGCGAUAGAGCUUCCGAGCAGUAUGUAGAUGACACAGUCUACUCGUCUUACACAUCCUACACGGCCAAUAUCAAAAGCGGCAUCAUUGUGGCUGCUACGUUCGGCAAAGCCGGAUGUGCGGCCAUGUUUACUUGUGACAAUGACGACUAUGGGUUUGGCAUGACUGGGCGUCAGAUCAAGGAUGCCAUCGCGUAUAUGAAGGAAAAUGACAGUGUCAAUAAAUGCGGAACUACGUAUCUGUCGAACUCUUGUCAUAUCACUCGAAAUUACUGCACCAGCUGCAAGGCGACGCAAUAA